AUGUAUGAAAAUGGGUUACCUGAACUUCGGUACGUUCACAAACCGGCCUUCAUACGGCUGUUUCAAAGCGAGAUAUUCGAGCUGUUGAAGACGGAUUCAUUUGCUGCUGAUGGUAUUAUUGAGCGAUUGGGUGAGUAUUACUAUUAUAUUAUUUAUUAUAAUAAUUGAGGAUAUUGGUUUAGUCUAUUAGACGAUUUUUGCUCGAGAUUUAAGGCAAUCAAACUUAAAUUUAAAGCUUUUGAGUACAUUUUUUAUUUUUUUGUUAUUAUUUUUGUAUGAUUUUCAGAUGCAGAAUGGAAGGAAAAGGUAUUGACGGCUGAAAAAGAACGACGAAAACGCGUCCAGUCUUCUGGAACAGUGUCAAGAAACUUGGCAGAGUGUUAUCAAGCUAUUUUACAUUCCAAGAACUUGGAAUUGUACGUUUGGAUUCAACAGAAUUUGCUCAAAGGUAUGGAGGUUAUGUUUGCUCGUAACCUUUUAAAAAGUUUAAAAACCUUGAUUUUAAAGUUAAUACUUAUAUAUAGCAUUUGAGUUACCUAUUUUUGCUUUCAGGUUGCUUGUUUUUGUUUUCAUUUAGUCAUUUCUGCUUUCAUUUACUUGCUUUAGCCUUAAAUUUAUUUUUUAGCCUUCAAGGAUGACUGGCAACUCGCCGAAAUGCUUCAAAACCGUCCUCCCGAGCCGGAAUUCGACACUUUCUUUACGGAACCCUUUAAAUUGGACAUCUUCUCCAGCUGCCUAGAUCCAGUCGAAUGGGCCAAGCAUGCUGAAUCUCUUCAAGUCGAAGUGUAUCGUGACAUUCUCACAAGACAGAACGGCGUGAACGAGCGGAUUCAGAAAAUGAACGAGAACCUGAGAGCCUUCAGAAGCGGUAAGAAAGAUGAUAAUGGCGUACCAAUUCGUGCUCAUUUUGGAUUUUCAAAACUCACAUCAGAUUACAUUAUCCGAUCGAUGAUGUUCUCGAAUCCGGGCAACGUGAACAACGUGGAAAGAAAUUGGUAUUGGGACUUGGUUUAUAUUUGUUAUCAAGGUGGAGUCGGAAACCGGACUUGUUUGCCUAUUUUACAGGAUAAUAUCAUCAAGAAGAUGGGUAAGGGAGUAGUUUUGAGUCAGAGUUUAGAUUUUUGUGAGUUUUACUAUGGUUUUUGGCUAGAAAAGAAAUCUUUUUUAGGUGGUUGAGGGGGUGUUUCUACAUUUUUUAAUGAUUAUACAAAAAGAUUAUAUUAGAUUCUAUUUUACCAUUACGAUGAAUAAAAAUUUGUUUUUCAGACGACUACAUCUCCAAACUUACUGUACGCGUGGACGACUUUGCUGCCGCCAAUCCAGAGGACAUGGUGAAGGAAGACGAACUGGUCUACGAGUUCAGAAAGCAAAGCCAAUACAGACCUGCCUACGAAGUAUUUCCGGAUGAAAACGUUGAUAUCGAGACAGGGCUGGAACUUCGAUCCUAUCAAGUUGAACUGGCCAGAAGCGCGAACGAAGGCGAGAAUACUGUCAUUUGUGCUCCUACUGGUGCCGGAAAGACAAUCGUCGCCGCCGACAUCAUAAAACAGCACCUGGAGCGGAGGAAGUUCGACAAGUUUGGCAUUGAACAGGAGAUCUCGAGAGUUGUCUUCAUCGUACCCACGGUUCCACUCGUUGGUCAGCAGGUCAAACAGGUCAAAAAGUUUUUGCAGCACAGAUGGAUAGUGACAGGAUUCAGUGGAGCUGAUGGAUUCGACAAUGCUGCCAGCCGGUUCGACAGUUUGAUGAAGAGUCAUGUGGUCAUUAUUACUCCACAGUUGCUGCUCAAUAUGAUGAAGAGUAUUCUGAAGUCGGAGAGGUUGUUGGUUUCGGACUUUUCUUUGGUCGUCUUUGAUGAAUGCCAUCAUUGCACCGCCAAGCAUCCGUACAAAAGUAAGAUACCGGUUGAUAUUAUACCUGACAGCUUUAUGUAGCCUUUACGCAAAUUAAAUCUUUCGUUGCGAGGCCUAACCUAGGUUUAAAGUAUAUGAGUGACUGAACUUUGGGGGGAGCUCACUUUGGGGGGAGCUCAUUUUGGGGGGAGAACUUACGGGGAGCUCACUUUGGGGGAGAACCUAUUUGGGGGUUCUCACUUUGGGGGAGGAUAAAUUUGGGGGUGAGGAUUUUGGGGGAGGUUACGUAAUAAUCCUAAAAUAGUAUAAAUUAAUCCAGAAACAGUUCGAGAGUGUCGAGAAUGAUAAAAAAAUUUAAAAGUUAAAUUUUUUUGAUUUUAUUUUCUACUUUUGGUUAAAAAAUGUAUGUUUUGAAACUAUAUUCAACUCGAGACUUUAGAGUAUUAAAAUUUUUAAAAAUUGGAAAAAAAAUAUUUAAAAUAUAAUUUUAAAAAUAAGAAAUAAUAAUUAUCCCUCUGAAUAUUGGUUAGAUUCUCAAAAGCUGUAGUUUUAUAUAAAUUAAAAAAUUUAAAAGUACAAAAUGAUAUAAACAAUUAAACUAAAAUGUAUGCAAUUUUUACCUAAUUGUGCAUUACGUUGUUUUGUUUUCUACAUAAUUUAGUUUUUUUACAAUUUUUUACGACGAUCAAUGAGUCCGUUUAUCAAUUUUCAACACAAACAUUAUAACGAGACCGAAAAAAAACUAAAAUUAAAAAAAUCGCCUUGGCCUCAAAUAAAAAAAUUGAUAAACGAACCCAUUUCACAUGUGCCUUUAUUAAGUAUCGUUAACGUUGACAUUGUACCGUGAACGCAGAAGUCGUACUGUCAACGUUCUUAUGACACUUUUUUUGCAUGCUUUUAAUGUUAGGUCGCAUAAUAGGUAGAGUACUGUGAACGUUAUCGUACCGUGCCGUGAACGUUCUAAUGUUACGGCUUUUUUGGUUCGCAAAAAAUAUCUGAUAGUAAAUUAUAAUCGUAAUUCAAAAACUGUAACAUUAGAACGUUCACGGCACGGCAAUGACCGCAAUUUGCACUUUUAAAACACAAAAUUUUCCACAAAAAAAUGUACAAGUCUGUUCUACAACUGUGCCAAAUUUGGCAUUUUUAGGAUGCAUAGUUGCAAAGUUAUGAAUUAUUUCUAGCGACCAAAUUUCUCGGAACACCCUGUAUUCAAUUUUAAAAAAAUAUUUUUUACCCUUAGGUCAGCUUACUAACUUUUAAAUCACAUUUUUUAAUUAACUUUUUUAUUAAUAAAUUAACACUCUAAAGUCUCGAGUUAAAUAUAGUUUCCAAAACAUACAUUUUCUAACCAAAAGUAGAAAAUAAAAUCAAAAAAAUUUAACUUUUAAAUUUUUUAUCAUUUCCUCCUCACCCCCAAAUUUAUCCUCCCCCAAAGUGAGAACCCCCAAAUAGGUUCUCCCCCAAAGUGCGCUCCCCGUAAGUUCUCCUCCAAAAUGAGCUCCCCCAAAGUGAGCUCCCCCAGAGUUCCUGAUCCCAAAGUAUAUAUCAUAUCAUCUAAACAAAAGUUAUUAAUAAUAUUGUUUUCAGCAUAAUUCAGUUAGUAAUAACAUUGUUUUAGUAAUCAUGGAGUACAUAGUUGAUUCACCGUCAGCUUUGAAGCCUCAAAUUGUCGGCUUAACGGCUUCGUUGGGAAUUGGUGGUAAUGACGCCCGUGACGACGAAAAUGCGACAAAACAUAUUCUUAGAAUGUGUGUAGCUAUGAAGGCUACGAAUUUGUCAACGGUGAAAAGUCCAGAGAACGUGCAAGAGCUUAAUGAAUACGUUUCACCACCAGUCGAUGGUAUGUUAUGGUUUCUUUGGGGGCGGAGGGGUUAAGCUUAUCUUACUGCUGCAGCUUUGAAGUUUAAAAAUUGAUAAUUCAACUAACAUGAUCAGUGUAGGUUGUUAAAAUAAUUAUAUGUUUUCUAACACAGAAAAUGUUCUUUUAAAGGGGCACAGAAUUAUUAAAACAAUUUAAUAUCUUUCAGAGGUGACCAAAUGCAAAAGGCCAGAUCAAGACAGGUUCAACGAGUAUAUGCGGGAAAUUUUGUUCCAUUUCUUUGACUUUCUCGAGCCUUUUGUCAAAGAAUACUCAUUGUCGAUCAUUGAACAACAACCCAAGAUAUACGACAAGUUGAGGAAUUUUGCCUUCAGUCGACGAUCCUCAAUGUCAUGGGAGAAACAACUUGAUUUACUGCGUGAAGUGUUCAUUACAGUGGAAGAUGUGGAUAAAAGAAUGUUUGUCAACUUGGCUCUUACGCAUGUUAAGGUAAUGAUUUGGAGUAGUGUUAGUGGGGAUGUUAUUGUUGGUUUAUAAUACUUCGCAUGAUCUGACAUAUAAUGUAUGGUAUUUUGUUCUACCUUGUUGUAGAGGAAAAAAACCAUAUCUUGCUUUAUCUACUUGUCUUAUCUUACUUUAUUUCACGAAAUUCUACGGUACCUUACUCUUCUUCACCUUCCUUGCUUUAUCAUGACUUACUCUAUUUAACCUGGUCCUACCUUGUCUUCUUUUAUCAUUUUACCUUACUUUAUUCUAUCUCAUUCGAAAAUACCUCACUCUACAUUAAUCUGUUUAUUGGUAUUAAAUACUAAUAAAAAGUUGGGUAAUUUAAAUUUAUAUUUAAAGUGUAAAAAAAUGUUUUAAGGUUUACAUGUUCGCGAUGAAAAUGAACGAUCUCGUACAAGCUGUUUACGCUAAUGGUUACCUAAAAACGGAAAUUCUAGCUCUUGAGAAGAAUACGAAUACGGAUAAUCAGACUUUUUUGAAGUUUUAUAAAGGUAUGUUUGGUGUAGUAGAUCUUGAUUUAAAGAGCGAUACAUUUCGAAAAUGUGGUAAUAAUUUUUUUGAAAUUUUUUUAACGGGAUUUUAAGGUUUUUUGAUUAAAUUUAAGUAGGACGGGAUGUUAUUGUCAAUUUCUACUUUUAAGACAGAGAAAUGGAAAUCAACCACGCCGCCAACACGGACAAUGGAGCCGGAAAGGAAAUCUUGGUCAAGUUGAUUGAAAACUUGGCCAAAGCAUACACUGAAAAGCCUGAUACUCAAUGCCUGAUUUUCGUGGAGCGACGAGCCAUGACUCGAUAUCUCGUCGACUUCUUGUUGAGAUCGCCCAGCAUGAAGAAGCUCAUGCAGAACCAAAGUAACUUUGCACGAAACUUGACAUCAAGUAAUCAGUCAUCAAAGUACGGUGGAAUGAGCUCGGCCGAACAGAAGAAUAUUAUCAAAAAGUUUGCUGAAGGUAGGGUUUUGAAAUUUCGAAGAAUUUAAAUUUUGAAUUUUGAAAAAAAAAUUUGAAUUUUGAAAUUUUUUUUAAGUUUCAAAUUUAAACUUUCUAAAUUAUUUUUUUAUCAUUUUAAAAAUUUUGUAUUUGUAGGCAAGAUCAAGAUAUUGGUAGUAACAUCAGUGGCCGAAGAAGGUCUGGACAUUAGCGCAUGUAACCUUGUCAUCAAGUACAAUAGUGUGGGUUCAGAACGCACAAUGAUUCAGCGAAGAGGACGUGCUCGUGCCAAAGGAUCUAAGACCAUUUUGCUGGCAUUGGACGAGGCAAUCGAGACCAGAGAGACUCAAAACAUGAUGAAGGAGGCCAUGUUGAAGCGAGUGAUCUCACAACUUCAGGUAGGUGGCUGAUUGUAUGGGCGUGUUGGCAGGGCUAGUUAGAGGAGGAGAAUAUUAUUCGUUUAGACAUUGGCUUGCAGUUUGGCUCUUGUUAUAGAAAUGGCUUUAGUUUGGGGAGUAGUUUAAAAUAAUGCUUGUAGCAGGAGUGAUGUAGGAGCUGGUGGUUACUUUAAAUGCGGGAGGGUGGAAAGGGGAAGUAGUAAAAUUAUUUCUAAAAACAAAAAAUAUUUGUUAGCAUGGGGCUUUGAUUACAACGAAAUUUCAUUUUUUUUUCUUUUUCAGCAUCAAGGAGACGCAGCUUUGAAGCGAAUGAUAAAAGAAGAAGACAGCAAACUCCAAGCCAUGAAGGACAUUCAAGACGAGGAGAGACGAAAGUUGAGAGAGCAGCUAUCACACAAAAAGUACAAAAUCAAAUGUGGCAACUGCACGAAACAGAUCUCGGAUACCACGAAAAUUCGACUGGCUGUGGAGACGUACUAUGUUGGAGUGAAUGCUGACAUUUGGAGCCGGUUGAAGGUUUCGGACGACGAUAGUAGUGCUGUAAGUUUAGAUCAGGGUUUGGCGGGUUAAUUUUGUUUUGAGGCUGAGUGGGGGUUGUUAUUGUCUUACUGUGGGUAUUUUGUGAUUGCUCAAACAUGGCUGAGCGCUUCAAUGCGGGCAACUUUGAUUAUCUUUAAUUAUGAUACUCAAUAAUCAUAUCGUUUGGAAUUCACCGUACCUUCUUUCAUUGUAAAAGCGUAGUAUCUUCUAUAAUAUGAUAAUGUGUUACCUUAACUCUAAUAUACGGUACUAAUUACAGAAAGACGCAUAUGUCAUUAAAUGUGGAACGGCAGUGUGCAACAUGACUUCCAAUUGUUCUCAUCGUCUGGGAGAGAUUAUAAAGUUUGGCGAAGUCUACUACCCAGCCUUCAAGAGUACCCAACUCAUCUUCGAAGAGGAAAAAAGCUAUGGCGAAUGCGAGACUCGACGAGGGCAACCAUGGAACAAACUAGUAGAACAUUUCAAUGUCUCCAACUUGUCGGAACGCGAUCAGGUCAGUUUUUAUAUUUUUUAGGUAUAAAAAUGGUGGGUUUAUUUUAGCAACUUAAAAGUAACUUUGAAAGAAUAGCUUUGUAUAUUAUGGAACAUAUUGUUUGCGAUAAUAGGUAAUGAUGUUAUUUUUCAGAUAGAGAUGAUCAACGCCUUACAGAGCAGUUUCGAAACCUACAAGCUGGUCAAGGGCAAUGAACUGGUAGCCAUCCGAAAGCAACGCGAAGCCAUGAAGCGGAAGAGAGAGAAGAAGUUACAUGACUUCUUUGAUGAUAUCGACAUGUAUUAUCAAUAA